AUGAACUGCUGGAGCAGAGUCGCCAGAUCGCCACUCUGGCAGUGUUUCGCGUGGUUGCGACGAUGCGACGAGUGCAUCCAGCGGCUCGAAGAACUCUGUCGCGCCAAGCGUCCUCGGCUCGCCGCCGGAAGUAGACAGUCCGCGGUGACGAGGAUCGCGCGACUCGCUAUUGGAAGGGUGCGAGUGGAGAGACGAUUCGUGCACGUGGGCGCCGGACACAGUGCGGGACUCGUGUGGAGAGAGAUCGAUACCGCGUUCGACAAUCGCGUUCUGACCGGUGCGGUAAUUAACACGGAUUAUAUCGAGCCGCAGCGAUUUUUGGAGGACGCGGGCGAUACAGUGCUCGAGCGAGUGCGAGACGCCAUAAAGAGACACGGUAGCGUGAAGGUGAACACCGCGUUCAAUGGCGAGUUUACGUCGGGUGAUAAACGCGCCAAUAUAGGCAUACCCUCGCGAAACGCGGAACUCUAUCGAACGUCGGAUGUGCGCGAGUGGUACGAGAAGCAUGUCGUCGAAGCCACGUUGACGAAGUUCGGCGAGUUCGAGGAGCGCGACAGCGGGUGGGCGCUGUCGCGAAUCCUCAAUUUAACGGUAAACGUAAACAAACACAAUCCGAUGCACGCGGGAUGCUACGUCGAAGUGCCGUGGGAGAUAGCGACGAAACGAGCGGCGGUCAAUGUGGUUGCCGCUCUGCACCCCGUGGAAAGACGCGCAAAACGAGAGUCGUCGUAUCCGCAUUACGCAACGGUGCUCGAAUUCGCGGGUAUCGAGUUUCCGAUGACUCUGAAAGACAUUACGAAAUUCGAACGUGCGAACGACGUGUCGAUAAACGUGUACUGUAUCGAGAAGGAGAGGGACAAACUAUCUGUUAUUCCGAUACGAUUGACCGGUCGAAAGAUGGAGAGGCAUGUCAACCUGUUGCACAUGCAGGAUCCACGAGACAGCAGCAUCGGCCACUUCGCGUGGAUAAAAAAUCUGUCCCGCCUCGUGAGCUCUCAACUCAGCAAGAAGCAACACAAGAAAUUCUUCUGCGACCGAUGUCUACAUUACUUCAGCUCGCAGGAACGACUGGAUGCCCACACCGUGGACUGCAACGAGCUGAAUGAGUGUGCGGUAGAGCUACCGAAAGAAGACGCGAAAUGGCUAACGUUCGGCAAACACGGCAACAAGGAACGUGUGCCGUUCGUCGUAUACGCUGACCUGGAGUGCGUUCUAGAAAAGAUGGACCCGAAUCUGCCUGAGUCUCAACACCACAAGGUACACAGCAUAGCGUGCUAUAUACAUUGCUCGUACAAUGACGCGUUAUCGGGAUAUCGGUGUCGCCGCGAUAAGGACUGCGUCGCGUGGUUCGUCGAGGAACUCAAAGAAUUGGCGCACAAAGCGAUGUGUCAGCCGUUGCCCUACGCCAACUUUCGAUGGGUCGACGAUGCCGAGAACUUUUACUGGGGCGCGAUUGCUUUGGAUUCGCCCACGGGGUAUAUACUAGAAGUCGAUCUAGAGUAUCUUCAAUAUCUACACGACCGGCACACUGACGUACCUUUCUGCCCGACGCGCGAUAAGUCGCCCGGCACGCGGCACUAUAAGCUCCUCGCGACGCUCAACGGUAAGAAGCGUUACGUCAUCUACUACCGCAACCUGCAGCAAUGUAUUCGCCACGGCCUUCGCGUAACGAAGAUUCACCGCGUGUUGCAAUCUCCAUGGCUUCGCCAGUACAACGAACUAAAUACGAAAUUCAGAACCGAGGCUAGGAACGAUUUCGAAAAAAAUUUGUACAACCUAAUGAACAACGCGGUAUUCGGUAAGACCAUGGAGAACGUGCAAGCACGUCGACGUGAGAGUGGCGACGACAUGGGGAGCCGCAGCGUCUUCGCGGAAAAUGUAAUCGCCGUCGAACUGCGUAAACUCAAAGUACAAUUCUACAAGCCGAUUUACGUGGGUAUGUGCAUACUUGACAUAUCAAAAGUCUGCCUGUACGAAUUUCACCACGAUUACAUGUUGCCGCUGUACCGUGACAAGUGCAAGGUCAUGUACACCGACACGGACAGUCUCAUAUACCACCUCGAGUGCGAGGAUGUUUACGAGACGAUGAAACGUGAUAUCGAUCGAUUCGACACGAGCGAUUAUUCCAUAGACAACGCGUACGGUACGCCUCGCGCGAAUAAAAAAGUGCCGGGUUUGAUGAAGAAAGAGAAUAAUGGCGCGAUAAUGACAGAAUUCGUCGGGCUCAGGGCGAAGAUGUACGCGGUGAGGGUGGACGGUAUGAGGGACACCAAAAAGAUCAAGGGGGUCAAGAGUAACGUCGUAGCGCGGACGAUAACGUUCGAUGAUUACACGCGAUGCCUGAACGAACAUAUAGAAAUGACUCGUAGUCAGUCGUGCAUACGAUCGAGGCUGCACGAGGUAUACACGGUGUCUGAAACGAAAAUCGCUCUGAGUCCGAACGACGACAAACGGCACAUUGUACCGAAUUCGACGGAGACACUACCGUGGGGACAUUAUCGGAUUCCGGUGUAA